AACAAUCAAUGUUUCCGGCGAACACGUUUGCGUACGGAACUGCCGGAAGUGGUCCGUCUAGGAAUUACUUCCUCCAUAUAGCCGAUUCUUUUUUUUUGUUUUUGUAAUUCUGAUACAGCUUCUUGCCGAACAUCUAACGACAACGAGUCUGUUUAGUGUUGCAGAAACAGGGUGGUUGUUGUUCCCAAAACAACGUUGACGUUUGUUGACGGCUGGCGCGACCUCAAUACCGCAAAACUAACAUCAUCGGGAUGGCGGAGGCGCCAGGUACUUCUAACGAGACGAUAACGGAGACCAUUCAAGUAGAAACACCGCCACCGCCCCAGCAGGAGGGGCGUAGCCUGACCAUCAAGCUGAGGAAGAGAAAGACUGACAAGAAGGUGGAGUGGUCCAGCGACACAGUGGACAACGAGCAUAUGGGAAGGAGGUCCUCCAAGUGUUGCUGCGUCUACGAGAAACCCAAACAGUUCGGAGAGUCCUCCUCUGAAAGCGAGGGAGAUGACGAAGGCUGUGGAAGUGCACACUGCAUUCUAGGACAUGGGAAAGACAUGCAUGGACACAGUGGAGGGGGUGGCGGGAACUCUGGAGGAUCACAUGCCCAUUAAUGAUUAAGAGUGGAGACUGGGGGUUACGACACAUACUGCUACACACACAGUCUCAUUUAGUUCAGUCAAAGGCAGUACUGGAAGGAAAAGGGAUACAGAUUAGAACCUGUUUGAUAAGAAAACGGGGUGCUGUUGAGAGUUCAUUGUAUAUAUUACAAUCAUUUUUCUUUUUUAUAAAGAGUACUUUUCCUUAUUUGUCUAAAUACUUGAUAUUACUUAUGUUGCAGUAUCUUAGCCUGUGUGCCAGACAGUCUGUUCCUGCUUGUCAAACAGGGAUUUGGAAAGAUGAUGAUGUAACAAUGUAGAGAGCUGAAAUAGUCUGGUACCCAGACUACUACUAGGGAGCGAGUUCCAAACAACAGCCUAUCCAGGGCUCUCCAACCCUGUUCCUGGAGAGCUACCAUCCUGUAGGUUUUUGUAGCUGGUCGAUGAGCUUAAUCAGGUUAGUUACAACUGUGGUUGGAGUUAAAACCUACAGGAGGGUAGCUCUCCAGGAACAGGGUGGGAGAGCCCUGCCCUAUUCCCUAUAUAGGGCCCUGGUCGACUGUAUUGCACUUUAAAGGGAAGAGGCUGCCAUUUGGGUCGUAACGUCUUUUAUCUCUACUUCAAAGUAAUGAGUACUCCAUGAAUACUUAAGUAGCAAACAGUCUUAUUUUAUGGACACAAUGUUGUACAGACAAACAGUUGUCUAUCUGUCUACAUUAAAGAAGUUUAGGGGAGUAUUUAGGACACUAUUUUAAGGAAAAGCUAGUCUUGGCUUUCUUAUUUUCAUGUAACAUUGCUGACAUUACCUUUCAGUUGAGUGCAGUGAAAUAUGUGUUGAUGCACAAUCCUCUCCCUGCCCUUUUACAAUCCUCAGAAGUGUUGAGUACAUUAGUUUCAGCACUUCAAAUAAGAACAGAAUUGAUGGCAGGUUGCCUUAAAUUCUGAGAAGAUGUAAAGAUAUGUCCUUUUGUAUUGAUGAGGUGAGAGAAUGUCAACAUACCAAUAAUUAGAAAAAUCUUAGAAACCAUGCAUAUGCAACUAAUGAUAUACAGAUUAUAUACACUGAGCUACAAAAGUAUUGGGACAGUGACAUUUUUGUUGUUUUGGCUCUACUCAAAUGACACUGACUAUGAGGUGAAAUUGCAGACUUCCAGCUUUAAUUAGAAAGUGUUUUCAUUCAUAUUUAAAACCGUUUAGAAAUUACAACACUUUUUGUACAUAGUCCUGCCAUUUUAGGGGAUCAACCGUAUUGGGAUAGAUUCACUUAAGUGUAUUAAAGGAGUACAAAGUUAAGUAUUUGGUCCCAUAUUCAUAGCACGCAAUGACUACAUCAAGCUUGUGACUACAAAUUUGUUGGAUUCAUUUUCUGUUUGGUUGUUUAAGAUUAUUUUGUGCCCAAUAGAAAUGAAUGGUAAAUAAUGUAUUGUCAUUUUGGAGUCAAAUAAUAUAUGUUUCUGAACACUUCUACACUAAUGUGAAUGCUACCAUAAUUCUGGAUAAUCCUGAAUGAAUCGUGAAUAAUAAUACGUGAGAAAGUUAGACGAACAUAUCACAUCCCCCGCUCCUCCUAAAAAUGCUAACCUCCCGUUAUUGUGAUAGUGAGAGGUUAGCAUGUCUUGGGGGGGUAUGACAUAAAAUGCUAACCUCCCGUUAUUGUAAUAGUGAGAGGUUAGCAUGUCUUGGGGGGUAUGACAUUAAAUGCUAACCUCCCGUUAUUGUAAUAGUGAGAGGUUAGCAUGUCUUGGGGGGUAUGACAUAAAAUGCUAACCUCCCGUUAUUGUAAUAGUGAGAGGUUAGCAUGUCUUGGGGGGGUAUGACAUAAAAUGCUAACCUCCCGUUAUUGUGAUAGUGAGAGGUUAGCAUGUCUUGGGGGUAUGACAUUUGUGUGUCUGUAACCCUCAAGUUAAAGCUGACAGUCUGCACUUUAACCUCACAGUCUAUGCAUAAUUUUACACCCCCAAGUGCUGGAGUACAGAGCCAAAACAACAGUUGUGUCACUGUCCCAAAUACUUUUGUAGUUCACUGUAUAUCCUUUCAUUCAUUAUCCCCAUCAGUGAGGUUAUCCCCUCUGAGAAUGAAUGCACCAGGGCAACAUUGGCAGUAACCUCCGCUGCAUGCUGGUUGGUUAUGAAGGGAAAAAAAAGCUGCCAUUUUAAAUCAGUCUUAUAAUUGCAUCAUACUUAUUGCACUGUGAUCUGCUGUGAUCGGGCAGAGAAGAUAACGUUUGUUUCAGUGAGAGGAGAUAAAUGCCAUUUAUUUAGUGCUGCUGUGUACUUUCCGUACUAGACUGAACAUAAAGUGGGACAAAAUGUAGUAGUACCGCAGUCCAGAUCAUGCAGUUCAACUGAAGACAUGGGAGAAAGAGAGUUUUUGAAUGGAUAGGGAGAAGGUGCAUGAUGAAUUGAAUGGAUAGGGAGAAGGUGCAUGAUGAAUUGAAUGGAUAGGGAGAAGGUGCAUGAUGAAUUGAAUGGAUAGGGAGAAGGUGCAUGAUGAAUUGAAUGGAUAGGGAGAAGGUGCAUGAUGAAUUGAAUGGAUAGGGAGAAGGUGCAUGAUGAAUUGAAUGGAUAGGGAGAAGGUGCAUGAGGAAUUGCUGGCCCAAGCUGUGUUCACCAGUGUCUCAACUGACCAAAUGUCACUGGCCAUUUCCCCAUUGUAUACUCCUCGCAUCCUCUCUCCUCGUCUCCUUCUCAAAAUCCAGUCGAAGGAGACGGUUAGAGGGGUGGGACCUCUGGCUUUCUCAUCCAAUGGAUUUUGAGGAGAGAGGAAGUGAGGAGUAUGCAAUUGAGAAAAGGCCAGUGUCUCGGGCUUCAUCCUCUGUGAUUCCAAACACCGUAUUACUACUUAAACUGUACUUGAUCUGUGACAACAUACACUAUGUAUAUAGUGUAUAGUAAUAUAUAUGGACUACAUCCAAUUUCACCAUACGUCACCAUUUUCUAUUACAGAUACACACAUACAAUGUUCCUGUACUGGUAAAGCACCUUUCUGUACAUAAAAUACAUCACGUGAGAUCAGAUUUAAUGUGAAUGAAAGAUUAAAUCACUUUGUCCAAGUG